AAAAAGUUAUUCAUGAAAAAGAUUGAAGGCAUAGGGCGGCAUGUUACCUAGCAACAUAUUUCUGUUUGAAUAUCUAGUAAUUUCUAAAUUAAAAUUUCUGGGGAGAAUUUGACAAGGUUUCAAUUAGUUGCCAUUGAUAUUGGCUCAAUAUGUCUUUAAAUAUUGAGGAAGUUUGCGAUAGUCUUCAGUCGUCCGAACGGCGCAUAAAACUUUCUGCAUUGGAGCUCCUUCAACGGCAGUGCGAAAAGAAAGAUGCAUCACAAUUGCUUGAUUUAUUCGACGGUACCUAUUUACAUUUGUUAAAAUGCUAUGACGAUCGGUUUGAGAGCGUACGUGAGCAGGCUGUGCUGACGGUAACAGAAUUUACUAAACAGCUGCCACCAAAUGACUUCCAUUUAAUGAAUAUUGUGUCAACAUUGGUUGGACGUAUGGGCCAACAGGAGACAUUGGAGUCCAGUGAAGAAGUGCGUUUGCUGUAUAUAACUCAAUUGCAUACGCUCAUACACCAAUAUAUUGUAACUGGAAACAAUCGCUCGCUUCAGGAAUGCUACAAUCAUAUUGCUUGUAUUUUGGCAAAAUCUCUGCGCGAUCAGUACCCUGCAGUACAACGAGAAUCUUGUGCCUGUGUAGUUUCUCUUAUGAGUGCAGCUGAUACAAUGGCUAUCCAGCCAUUUACGGAGCAGUUAGCAAAACCCCUUUAUGGAAUGUUAAAUCAUAAGCAUUCAUUGGCGCGUAUAGCAGCCGUGGAAGCAAUCGGGCGUUUGGCAUUGCAUGUGGAUCCGAAAAAUGAUAGUUUGUCACAGUUGUUAAUGGAAGUUUCACCAUUGUUAAUGGAUUCGAUGCCACUGGUGCGCCGCGAAUGUGGCCAACUAGGUUUGCUCUUAAUGCUAGAAUUGCGUGACCGGUAUUCCUACUUUGAUCGGCUAAUUCCAUUUGUUUUAUGUUGCUUAAAGGAUGACUCUCCUGAAGUAGUAGACUACAUACGCCCACGAUGGACCCAAUGUGGCAAGCAGUAUUACGAAGAAAAUGAGGAAGAGUUGAGCAAACAGGAAAUAGCAGAUUUGCCUGUUAAAAAUUAUCCUUGUGGAGUUGAACGGCCAACCAUUGGUUGUCGCGCCAUAGUACAGCGUUCUUUACGUCUUUUGCGUCUCAUCACACGUGAGUCAAGUGAUUGGAAGGUGAAUGUUCGUCUCCAUUCCCUCAAGUUGCUUUAUCAGUUCGUACUGCAUUCAGAAGCUGCGAUGACGGCCAAAUUCUUCGAAAUUUUUGCAGACCUCGCACAAGCUUGCCGCGAUCCAGAGGUCAUGGUAGCACGGGAGGCUUUUAAAGUAGCUGAUUUGAUGGGUCGACUUUUUUCCUAUGAUGACUGGAUAGAACAUGGCUUCGAUGGUUUGGCAAAAAACUCAAAAGAGGGAUUUUUAAAAUGUUUCUACUAUAUGUUUACCGCUAGCUCCACGCUUAAGAUAGAUGACAUUAUUCGCGUUUCUGAAAUGUUGGUUGAAAGCGAGUUCUCACAGACACUUAAACCGCAAUUUCAAUUAUAUGUACUGAAGAUGAUGGAGUCGUUACUCUUUAAAUCCAACGAAAUCAAUAAACAGUCAUCUGCGGAAAAUUUGCCGGAAUUGCGAGAAAGAACUCAAAAGCUCGACUUAAACAUUUAUAUUGCUACUGUUAAAAUUUUGGCGCUAUCGUUUGAAUCUGAACAGUCCAAUGCUCAAGAAUUGCAAGAGAUGGGUCACAGCAUACAGGCCAAAGUAUCUGAUCGAAGUAAAAUGAGCAUUGCCGCCUUGCACGAAAAAUAUUUUGAUAGCGCCUUAAAUUAUGUACAAAAUUUAGAUGCUUUUUUGGAUGAACUCACCGAACCUAUUCUGUUGCUAAAUGGCUUGAUCAAUAUAGCCAAACUACGAUCAACAUACCUUGCAGUUCUACAAGAAAAAAUAAACUUGGUUUGGGAAAAUAGUGCCGAUUCGGCGAAAGUUAAGAUCUUCAGUAGCAUAUCCAUUGCUAUGCUCCAAUGGUCGGAAACUAUUAAUCGACCGCUAGACGAAAGUAUACAACUCCUACGAACGUUCGUAACGUCAGUGAUUGAACCACAUUUGCAGUGGCGUGCGGGUGCUAAUGCCGAGUCUAUGCGUUCACUGGCUAUGGCUACCCUUUGUUCUUUGUCACAGGGUGCACGCGAAGAAGCACCUUUUGUCUUACCAGAAUUCGUUGGCAAAUAUCUUCCAAGUUUACUUGAAGAUCGUGCAGUCGCAACACGUCUUUAUUCGGUUAAGUGCUUGCUCAAUUUUGGGGAAGUCGGCGUAGAUCAGCUGAAGCCCAUUGCUUACGCUACCUUGCAACGCUUAGAUGAUCCUUCAGCCGAUAUACGGGAAUUGGCUGCUAUGGCGAUUCCAAAAUUAAACCCAAAAUUUAGUAAAGCAAAAGGUGAAGAAAACGAUUACGAGCAUCAAAUGUGGGAGACAUUCAUUAAAAAGGCUCUUGAUAUGAUGUUUCUACAUUAUGAAGGCCCAGAAGUUCGUUUACAAAAGGCCAUAAAAGACUCCAUCGCCCGACUAGGGGAGAAGUACCCUGACAUAUGCAAAGAUAGUUAUGAACGCAUUGCCGCUAUGUCUUACAACAGCAUAAGCUUGCGGGAAUUGAAAACAGAACUACCAAUUUUAGUUUAAUUUAAAUGUACCAAAUACAUGUAACUUAUAUUAGAUUUAUUAAAUUUAGUUACAAUGGA